AUGUCUUGGAGUGAUAUGGGUUUACCUCUCUCUUUCGGAGGAAAGAGAACACAAUCCGGUACUGCAAAAAAAUCAAACAAUUCAUCAUCGGAAACAAAAAGUUUAAUCACAAUAUCUAAUACUAACGAUUUAAAUGGAAAAGCAAUUUCAAAGAAUUUAAAAUCAAAUCAAGAGGAAAAGAAGCCUAUGGUUGUUAGUCAAGUUAGACAUUUCGAAGAUUUGGAAGAGGAUACAAGUGAUAAUGAUGAUUUUUCUUCUGGUAAUGAUUUUGAAAAGAUUCCACUGUCACAAACUGCAAAGAUGAAAGGACAUAGAAAAGCAGUAACUGCUAUAGCAAUUGAUACAAGUGGAUCUAGAUUAAUUUCUGGUUCAAGUGAUUAUACACUCAAAUUUUGGGACUUCCAAGGUAUGGAUGAAUCACUUCAGUCGUACAAGGAAAUUGAUGAAAUAACUGAGAGUGCUUCUUAUGCGAUUAAGCAUUUAUCAUUUAGUAAUAGUGGUGACAAAUUCAUAUUAUCAGACAAUUCGUUACAAGCAAUUUUAUAUGAUAGAGAUGGUGGUCAACUAGGUAAAUUCAAAAAGGGUGAUACUUAUAUUGUGGACAUGACAAAAACCAAUGGACAUACAGCUUCUUGGACAGGUGUUCAGUGGAAUCCUGAUCAAUCCAAUAGACAUGUCAUUUCUAGUUCUAUGGAUACCACUGUCAGAGUGUGGGAUAUGGAAACUUUCACAACAAAGCAAAUUACUGUAUUCAAAGCAAGAAAUAGUAAGGGACUCAAAACCCCUGUAACUUCAUGUUGUUACAGCAAUGAUGGAAAAUUAAUUACUGCUGGAUGCUUGGAUGGAUCAAUACAAAUUUGGAAAAAUAAUGGCAACCCAAACAAGUGUGACAUGAGUUUUAGAGAAAAGGAUGAAAGAGGAUCUAGAAUAACUAGUAUUGUUUUCCAUAAUGAUGAUCAAACACUUGUAACAAGAGAUGAGGACAAUUUGAAAAUAUUUGAUAUCAGAAACUUUAAUUCUCCCAUUUCAGUUCUUGAUAAUCUGCCAAAUCUUUUGGAAAAUUCAAAUUGUGUCUUUUCUCCUCUCAACGAUAUUGUUGUCACAGUUGUGAGUAGCAUAUCACCACAGGAUAAGGGAUCCAUUGUAUUUUAUGAUUGGAAGAAUGAUAAAGUUGUAGAUACUGUACAUAUGAAUGAUGGAAUUAGUCCAGUGCAAGUGAGAUGGCAUCCAAUUAUUAAUCAAAUAUUUGUUGCUGGCACAGAUAGUUCUAUCACUGGAUUUUAUGAUAAAGAAGUGAGCUUGAGAGGAUUGGUUACAAGUACAUCAAAAACAUUCAAGAAGAAGAAUAUUGAUCAAGCCGAAAUGGUACAGCCACAAAUUAUUGCACCUUAUGCACUUUCACAGAAUAAGGAACCAAAAAAGAAGGGAAGAAAAGAUCCUGUUAGCUCUCAAAAACCAAAAGAUCCACCUCCAAAAGGUCCUGGAUUUGGUGGUAGAAUUAAUGACAGCUUUACUCAUUUCUUAAUGAAAGGAAUGGGUGCCAUUAAUCAAUUUAAUGAACAUGAAAAUGCUCGUGAUGCCAUUCUGAAACAUGCAGCAGAGGCAGAGAAAAAUCCACUAUUUAUUUCACCAGCAUACUCCAAAACUCAACCAAAUGCAAUCUUUGAUUAUGGUGAAGAUGACGAAAGUGAAGAAGAUCAAGAGCAACCACAAGAUGAAAAUGAUCCAGAAAGUAGAUUCAAAAAGAGAAAACUAGAUUAAAUCUCCCUCUGUCCUUCAUCAUGGCGACCAUUAUUAAGAUAUUAAGAUCUAAGGAAGGAUAAAAUUAAAGUACUCUUUAGUCCAAAAUAAAAUCUAUUAGAUUUUUAUGGC